UUAAGUUAUUGUUAAUUUUUCUUACGUUUUUUAGAUAUUUGACAAAAAUGGCGUUGAGGGAUCAUCCAGAGAGAAUAUUGGCGAUUUUGGAAGAAUCGGACUCCGAUGAAAAUGAUCGUGAUCCAUAUCCAGGUUCAGACGUCGAAGUGGAUGACCAUGUAUCUGAACGCAGCCAAAGUAGCGAUACUGAACAGGAUGCUAACAAUACAGAUACGGGCUCAGAGUCCUCAGAUGACACAGGUGCGGACUCAGAUGAUGUCAACCUUUUGACCUUACAAAAUCGACAACGGCAACACUUCAAAGGAAGGGACGGGACUAUUUGGCAAAAAGCACCGCCACGACCGAAUGUACGCAGAAGAUCUGAAAAUAUUAUAUGUGAGCCUCCUGGCGUAAAAUCAGUUGCUCAAGAAGCCAAGACUGUGCAAGAAUGCUGGAAUUUAUUCCUGACUCACGAUAUGCUGCAUAAAAUACAAGAAUAUACAAAUUUGCAUAUACAAGAAAGAAGAGCACAGUGUGAAGAUAUUUCUCAACGUAGAUACAUGAAUGAAGUGGAAAUAAGUGAACUGAAAGCGUUUAUUGGGCUGUUGUUUAUGGCCGGAUUUUAUCGUUCUAAUAGACAGAAUUUGGAGGAUUUGUGGCAAGCAGAUGGUUCUGGUGUUGAAGUUUUUAGACUUACCAUGUCUGUACAAAGAUUUUACUUUAUACAAAGCUCUCUGCGAUUUGAUGACAAGUCUACACGCGCUGAAAGACAAAACCUUGAUAAUUUGGCACCAGUGCGUGAAAUUUUCGAAAAAUUUGUAGAGCAGUGUAAGAAAAUGUACUCUCCGGGAGAAACUUGCACUAUUGAUGAAAUGUUAGUGGCAUUUAGAGGGCGUUGCAAAUUUCGGCAAUAUAUACCAUCGAAACCAGCUAAAUAUGGCAUCAAGAUAUUUGCCUUAGUGGACUCCAAAGUAUUCUAUAUCACCAACCUGGAGAUAUACGCUGGUAAGCAGCCUGACGGACCCUUUUCUGUUAGCAACAAACCCUUAGACGUGGUGAAUCGUAUUGUGUCACCUGUCUCCAAAACUCACCGUAAUCUUACUUUUGAUAAUUGGUUCACUAGCUACGAAUUGGUGUCUCAUCUACUAAAUGAACACAAGUUGACUUCAGUCGGUACCUUACGCAAGAACAAAAAACAAAUUCCACCUGGAUUUAUAACGACGCGCGGAAAAGAGUUACACUCGUCAACUUUCGGAUUUCAAAAAAAUAUUACACUGGUCUCUCACAUCCCAAAGAAAAACAAAGUGGUCCUUUUGAUGUCAAGCUUGCACCAUGAUAACAAAAUCGAUGAAUCUACAGGUGUGAAGCAGAAGCCUGAAGUAAUAACUUUUUAUAACUCUACCAAAAGCGGAGUGGACGUAGCAGACGAGCUUUGUGCUACAUAUAAUGUGAGCAGAAACUCUAAGAGAUGGCCGCUGACGAUAUUCUUUGCAAUGCUGAAUAUUUCAGGAAUCAAUGCAAAUAUAAUAUAUCGGGCUAACAAUGAUAACACACGCAUAAAACGGCGACAUUUCAUAAAAAACUUGGCACUCAGUUUGAUUCAGGACCAUUUACAAAUCCGAAGAGCACAUGUGAAUUUACCUCGACAAUUACGCAAAAGGAUCGCAGAUUUCACUAACGAACCUACCAUAGAACCACCUCAGAAAAUUCCAGGAGCACGUAGAAGAUGUCAGAUAUGCCCAUCUAAAAAGGAUAAAAAAACAACGCAUACUUGUCAUGCUUGCCACAUUUAUAUCUGCCCAGAACAUUUGAUUUCAUACUGCGAAAAUUGCAGCAACUCCAUGUCCAUAAAUGAGGAAUCGGAGGACUGAUUUUAUACUUACUUUUACUUUUACUUACUUACUUACUUUUUGUGAUCUCUGUAUUAGCAUAUAAAAUUGUUAGUUCUUUAUAAUGUUUAGGUUUAAUAAUAAAAAAAUAACAUACUAUGCAAGUUAUGUUUUUCAGGUUGAUUUUGCAUGCGUUUUUUAAAAAGUCAA